AUGCAGUCUGGCGGCCCUUCACCUCUGCCAUCAUUCCCGGCAUCCCGGGAUGGCACGCCUGGUGGCAACGACAUAACCACCAACGCUGUCACAAAUGGUCACACCAACGGCAUCACGAACGGCACGCAGAAGCGCACAAAGAUCUGUGUCUACUGCGGUGCCUCCCCUGGUUUCAAGCCCCAGCAUAUGGAGGCCGCUCGUGAGUUGGCUAGGAUCAUGGCAGAGAACAACAUCGACCUUGUCUACGGCGGUGGUACCGUCGGCCUGAUGGGUGAGGUGGCAAAGUCUCUCGUCGCCCUCGCCGGUCCGGACUCGGUUCACGGCAUCAUCCCUGAGGCCCUCGUCAAGUACGAGCGCGACGGGACUUACGGCACCAUUAACAAGGACAACAUGGCCCUUCGCGAUUAUAAGGUCUCCGAGGCGACCUUCAAGCUCGACUGGAACAACUCGUAA